AAAAAAAUCUUUCUGUAGAUUAAAUGGAAUGAGACAAGUGACACAAUUCAUACUCACAAGUCAUUCGACUUGUCAAGAAUUGCAUAUUAUACAAUGAUAUAUUGAUAUUGAUCGGAGUAUUGGGUAUUAGAAUAGUAUUAUAUGUAGCUUAAAAGUUAAAACAUAAUAUUCCUUCCUCUCCCCUCGAUAUUGUUAUAUUGAUGUUGAGAGUGAUGAGUUUAAUUUUUAAACAAAGAGCUGUGUUACGGUUUGCAAGCAGAGAACAAUGACUUAGUUGUACAAUUAACAAAAGGCCCCCGAAAGUUCAAGUAAUUGGAUCAUUAGGCCCCGAUUUUUGAAAAGUGAGAUCCCCGACCCCUUUUCCCCCCGCUGACACCUCCCCCCUCUGUUUUUGGCCGACGCAAUAUAUGGUUCCACGCUACUCUCAUUCUAGACAGUAGACAACACACCAAUGCAAAUGCAAGACAUCUUCGGAUCAGUUCGCCGAUCACUGGUAUUUCGUACUUCGCCGGAGAACGAAGAAGCCUCACUUGGUGGAACCCUAGUUGAUAAGAUCAAUUAUUGCAUCCGCAAGUCCAGAGUCUUCUCUAAACCUUCUCCGGCGUCUCCGCCAUUGCCACCCAUUACCAAGGAAUCUUCGCCUAUGAUCCGAUGGCGCAAGGGCGAGUUGAUCGGAUGCGGUGCCUUUGGUCGAGUUUACAUGGGCAUGAAUCUUGAUUCUGGGGAGCUUCUGGCAGUAAAACAAGUUCUGAUCGCGGCUAGUAGCGCUUCGAAGGAGAAGGCACAGGCUCACAUAAAGGAGCUUGAGGAAGAAGUUAAGCUUCUUAAAGAUCUUUCUCAUCCCAAUAUUGUUAGAUAUUUGGGUACAGUUAGGGAGGAGGACACCUUGAAUAUUCUUCUGGAGUUUGUCCCAGGUGGAUCCAUAUCAUCACUUUUGGGGAAGUUUGGAGCUUUCCCUGAGGCUGUUAUUAGAACUUUCACCAAGCAGUUACUGCUGGGACUUGAGUACUUGCACAAAAAUGGAAUCAUGCACAGGGACAUUAAGGGGGCAAAUAUCCUUGUUGAUAAUAAAGGAUGCAUAAAACUUGCUGAUUUUGGGGCUUCCAAACAGGUUGUUGAGCUGGCUACCAUUUCUGGUGCCAAGUCUAUGAAGGGUACUCCAUAUUGGAUGGCUCCUGAAGUUAUUCUCCAGACUGGGCAUAGCUUUUCUGCUGAUAUAUGGAGCGUUGGCUGUACUGUGAUUGAGAUGGCCACCGGAAAACCUCCUUGGAGCCAGCAGUACCAAGAGGUUGCUGCUCUCUUCCAUAUAGGGACAACAAAGUCUCAUCCCCCAAUUCCGGAUCAUCUCUCUGCUGGAGCAAAAGAUUUUCUAUUAAAAUGUUUGCAGAAGGAACCGGUCUUAAGGCCAUCAGCAUCGGAACUGCUGCAGCAUCGCUUUGUUACUGGUGAACACACGAGUUCUCCUGGGUCAUAUGCAGCAAUGGAAAAAUUUGAAGCUUCUUCAGCAUCAUGUGCGUCUAACACCAAAACUCCGUCAACUGCACAUCCUGAGGAAGAAGAAAAUAAAGAGUAUUGGGGAAUGGACAAUGAUGACGACAUGUGUGAGAUUGAUGACAAAGAUGAGUUCUCUGAGGGGGCUGUUAAAGUUAGAUCCUCCAUGUCAGAAAAUAUCAUGAGUUUCAACCCAAUGUCUGAGCCCUCUGAUGAUUGGAGUUGCAAAUUUGAUGUGAGUCCAGAGCUGGAUCAUAGUGGAGUUAGUAUUUGCACUGAUGAAAUGUACAAGCCUCCUGGCCACCCGGAGGCUUUCCAAGAGGAGCAAAAAGAUUUUUCCUUUGCAGGCGAAGCAUCAGUGUCUGAGGAUGAUGAUGAACUCACGGAGUCAAAAAUACAAGCUUUUCUGGAUGAGAAGGCUCUAGGACUGAAAAAACUGCAGACGCCUUUAUAUGAAGAGUUCUACAACAGUUUAAAUACAUCUUGUUCUCCCAAUGCGGUUGAAACCACAAAUGACGAAACUACUCCAAAGUUCUUGGCAUUACCUCCUAAAAGCAGGUCCCCGAAUCGGGUGCCAAUUGGCACCCCAUCAAAAGCAAUUGACCAUACUGAAAGUCCUGGAAGUAAUGGCAGGUCCUCCCCAAAUGUUGGCAAUGCAACUGAUCAUAAUUCACAUGACAUACCAUCACCGCCCCUCAAUGAAUGGAAAGGAUUGCUAGUUGAUUCCCAGCAGGAGCCUUCUAGCCCAAGUUUAAGCUUUUCUGAGAGACAGAGGAAGUGGAAAGAAGAACUUGACCAGGAGCUUGAGAGAAAGCGCGAAAUGAUGCGUCAAGCUGGUAUCGGAGGGAAAACAUCAUCACCAAAGGAUCGAGCCUUAAAUCGGCAGAGAGAACGGACAAGAUUUGCAUCACCAAGCAAAUAAAGUGUCAGAUUGGUCAACCUUCCACGUGGCCCCAUUUUAGCCGCUGGGAAUUGCAAAUACGAGUUUCACUGCAGGGUGUUAAUUUUUUUUUAUACCCGAUUCGGUCGUUUUGGUGUCAUCCAGCCCCAUAAUGCUUCCUUGUGCAGGUCUUGAAUAUACAGGUGUUUAGUACGUGUGACCCGAUUGUAUUAUGAAGUGAAAAAUAAUCAGAAUUGCGUGGUUUCAGAUUACUUAUAGAAUGAGUUGCCAUCA